AUGAAGCAACUAAGUCGGAAUUUUUGUUGGUGGCCGCAAAUAGAUAAAGACAUAGAAGCGAUAACAAAAAAUUGUACGGCGUGUAAUUUGUUUAGUAAUAAUCCGAGCAGGAAAAUUAAGCAUCAUUGGGAAGCGGCGUCCCAACCGUUUGAACGAAUCCACAUCGACUUUGCAGGGCCAUUUCUAGGAUACAUUUUUCUGAUAUUAGUAGAUGCAUAUACUAAAUGGCCAGAAGUACACAUAGUGAAAAAUAUGUCAACACCGAAUACUAUAGAUAAAUGUAGAGAAAUAUUUACUGUUUUUGGAUUACCUCAAACCUUAGUAUCGGAUAAUGGUCGAACUUUCAUAGCAGAAGAAUUUUCAGAUUUUUUAAAGAACAAUGGUAUUCGCCAUAGGCGUACAGCGCCAUACCACCCAGCUACAAAUGGCCUGGCAGAACGGUUCGUUCAAACCAUGAAACAAAGCUUACGUAAAUUAAACACCACAAACUCGAACAUCAAGGCCAAUCUACAAAAAUUCUUAUUUCAUUAUCGGUUAAUGCCACAUCCGGAAUUGAAUAAAUCUCCCGCCGAAGCUAUGUUUGGAAGGAAGUUAAGAAGUAGAUUGGACUUAAUGUUCCCCGAAACAAAUAAAAGUAACAAUAUAGAAAAUCAAUUGGAUAAAGUUAGGAAGUUUGAAAGAGGUGAAAGAGUGGCGGCGCGAGAGUACCUAGAUAAAAAUGUGAAGUGGCGUUUUGGAAAUGUAGUUUCAAAAUUAGGAACGAAAAGAUAUUUGGAAUGA